AUGGUUUCAACGCAUAACAGAGACAAGCCAUGGGAUACUGAAGAUAUCGACAAGUGGCAAGUCGAAGAAUUUAAGCCAGAAGACAAUGCAUCGGGACUGCCAUUUGCUGAGGAAUCAAGCUUUAUGACUCUAUUCCCUAAAUACAGAGAACCAUACCUGAAAUCUAUUUGGAAUGAUGUUACAAGAGCCUUAAACGCACACCACAUUGCCUGUGUCUUGGAUCUGAUGGAAGGUUCGAUGACAGUUAAGACAACUAGAAAAACAUUCGACCCAGCCAUUAUUUUGAGGGCUCGUGAUCUAAUCAAGCUUCUGGCACGUUCAGUACCUUUCGCGCAGGCUGUCAAGAUCUUAGAAGAAGAUGUGGCCUGCGAUGUUAUAAAGAUUGGAAAUGUGGUUGCGAAUAAAGAGAGGUUCGUCAAGAGAAGACAACGUCUCGUGGGGCCCAACGGUAACACCCUUAAAGCUUUAGAGCUGUUAACAAAGUGCUAUAUCUUAGUUCAAGGUAACACAGUGAGUGUCAUGGGACCUUAUAAAGGAUUGAAAGAAGUCCGCCGUGUUGUGGAAGAUACGAUGAGAAACGUCCAUCCAAUUUAUCAGAUUAAAGAACUCAUGAUAAAGAGAGAGUUGGCAAAGAGACCAGAGUUGGCAGAGGAGGAUUGGUCAAGAUUCUUGCCCAUGUUCAAGAAGAGGAACGUUGCACGUAAGAAACCAAAGAAGAUCAGAGCAGAGAAGAAGGUAUACACACCAUUCCCACCAGCUCAGCAACCAAGAAAGAUUGAUCUGGAAAUCGAAAGUGGUGAGUAUUUCCUGAGCAAGAAGGAGAAAGAGAUCAAUAAGCUCAAGGAACGCCGAGAGAAGCAGGCUGAGAAGCAGGAAGAAAAAGAGGAGGCAAGAAGUAAGGACUACAUUGCUCCCAAGGAAGACGUAUAUAAGAGCUCUCUUGAACCUGAGAAGAAGAAGAAGAAGAGGAAAGCUCAACAUGAGGAUAACUCUGAGGACGAAAAAACCCAGAAGAAGGCCAAGAAAAGGAGACAAAAAAGAUUAAGUAAAUAA